GAAAGAUAGAGGUAGAUGGCAGUUUGGUAAUUUCGUCUCCGUUUCUCUGCAAAGUAUAAAAGCAACGGCUUCCCUAAAACCUAAGUCCUCUCGGCCAAAAACCAUCCUUCGCUUUCUUGUUGCUUUUCUUCUCAGAGGCGGCCGCAGAUCUUCUUCAAGUUUUAGCAAGGAUGGUGAGAGUCAGUGUCUUGAACGAUGCACUCAAGAGCAUGUACAAUGCCGAGAAGAGGGGCAAACGACAAGUCAUGAUCAGGCCAUCCUCAAAAGUUAUAAUUAAGUUCCUUCUGGUGAUGCAGAAGCAUGGUUAUAUUGGAGAAUUUGAGUACGUCGAUGACCACAGGUCUGGUAAGAUAGUCGUGGAAUUGAAUGGAAGAUUGAACAAAUGUGGGGUCAUCAGUCCUCGUUUCGAUGUCGGUGUCAAAGAAAUUGAGCCUUGGACUGCAAGGCUCCUCCCCUCCAGACAGUUUGGCUACAUUGUGUUGACAACGUCUGCGGGCAUCAUGGAUCAUGAAGAGGCUAGAAGGAAGAACGUGGGUGGUAAAGUUCUAGGCUUCUUUUACUAGGUGGAGGCAUUGGAAUUGGAAUUUUCUUUUCCUUUUCUUUUUUUUCCCCCAAGGAUGGAUUCGAAUAUUUCUGGCUUGCCUGUUGAGUAAUUUUUUACUUGUUUCAAACAUCAUGGAUUUGUUUCCUCUGUCGAACCUAAAACAAUUGAGAUUGUCUGCCAUUUUUGGAGUAAUUUUAAGAGUUCUUGCUAAGUUUAAGCUA